AUGACAGACCCUGUAAGAAACAUCAUUAUCAAGCUUGGAAGCAAGACACAUUCUCCGGAGGUGGCUCUUAAGCACAUUCAGACACUGCUGCAGUUUGCUAUGAAGAAGAAGCUCAAAUUUGAUCCUCUACUUCGCGACGAGAUUUUAGUAACUGUGAGGACCUAUUACCCAGAGUUUUAUGCAGAAUGGUCUGAAGAUGAUGCGACUGAACUGCUUAUGAUGGUUUCUGAAGCCAGUGAUGAAGUUUCUCCAGUAUAUAUUCCAGAACCCUUGGAUGGAAAUCGGGCCGGAGCAUUCCUUCAAUACUUUGCACAUCGAGCCCUAGAAUUGGUUGAGGCCUCUCGAAGGUCAAACUUUUCUGAAACUCCUAUUGAAAUUUCACCAGAUAAACCUGAUGUUCCUGCUACCCCAUCUUGUGUGCCUGUUAGUUCUGAAGAUUUAACUGCUUUGGAUUCCGAAAAGCCUCUUGUAAAUGUUGAAUCUUUAUCUCUGCCUUUGACUGAAUCUAUUGGUAUGAAAACUGAUGUCUUGCAUUUGUCUGAUGAGAAAGCAAAGUCCUUUGAUGAGCUAAAUCCACUGAAUUUAGUCGUUUAUUCGUCUGAUCAUAUUGCUCUGUCUCCUGCUGAGAAUGUUGAUGUCUCUAAAGAAACUUGCUCUGCUGUUGACACUCCUAUUUUACCUGCUACUGUUGAAACUGUUGAUUUAUCAAGCCCCCACAAGUCUGAGAAAACAGGUGGAAUUCCUAUCUACACUGCAACAUCUUUAGGAGAAAGUCUGGAACAUGUGCGACACUUUGCUAGGCUACCAUCUGAUACCAUCCCUCAACCAUAUCGAGUGAUUCAUCCUUCCGAAUCCUCCAGUGAAGAUGAUAAAAUACUGGCUGAAGUGUAUGGAUCUCAAGCACUUCAAUCUGAUGUUCGAACUAUUGAGGGAACUGCUAAUCCUGACUCCACGAAUUUCAAAAUUCGAGAGAUUUCGAAUAUUAUUGGAAGCUCGUCUGCAAAUGUUUCUGAUUCUAGCCACUCUGUGACUCCGGUUCAGUCCCCAACCAAGGAAACAAGACGGUCAAAAAGGAAGAAUGUCCCAGUAAAGGUUGUUGUUGAGACAGGUGAUGAUAAUGCUGAUAAAGGAUCUACUGCUGUUCAAGCUACCUCUGUACCAGCCCCUUCUGUCAGAAAAGGGAAGCCAUCCACACGAUCAAGAGGACAAAGUGUCACUCCUGAGGUCCCUCCUGUUGAAGAAACUGACCCAUCUGUUUACCAGCCACAGUUUGUAUCUCCUGCUGCCCAGACCAAAUGGGCUACUAUGGUUAGAAGGGAACUUAUUGUUCAAAUAUCGGUGGAUGAGAACCAGCUGAACUCCGUUUGUGACAUUCUGCCCUUGCUGAAUGAAGUCGGAUUGUUGAAAACUGUCACGGACAUCUGCCCUUACUCUAAGCUGCUCACAUAUGAAUUCUAUUGCAAUCUGAAUGAUGAGAUUGACGUUCUCACAGGGCCACGACCAAUGCAGAUUUUUAUCAGAGGAAGAUGGUAUGUUUUUGGGCCGGAUAUGAUUAAUGAAUACUAUGGCUUGCCAGCAGUUCAAGAAGAAGCUGUUACUGACUGGGACUUGGUUGCCAGAACUCUGACCGGUGGGCAGACAAAAUCAUGGCCUACGGGUGACAAGGACUAUCUGCAAAGCUCUCAUCUCACGUCUAGAUAUGUGAUUUUACACCGCCUAGCUCUCCACAACUGGCUCCCAUCAGCCCAUUUUCACACAGUUGGCAAGCUUCUGGCUGGGUUCUUAUUUCUAAUUGGAACAAAGAUGCAACUUGAUCUGGCAAAAUGGAUUUACUAUCACAUCCUCACCCUGAUUCACCCACGCGAACAUAAGGGCCUUGAGCCUAUGCCCAGUGAAGUAAUCAGCCCAACGUUGCUCUAUACUGUUGAUAAACGUCUUCUGUCUGGAGAUCACAUUCGGGAUGUUGUUCCUGUGACUGCCCUAUCCAAUUCUGAACCCGGUGUUGUGCCUGAUGACUCUCCUCAUGCUAAGGAUAUUCAGCUUUCCAUACAAUUGAAGGCAAGAGUUGCUGACCUUGAGACGGUGCAUAGCGUUAUUGCAAAGCAACUGACAGGAGCUCGUACUGAGCUGGCCACUGUUCUUCUUCGUUUGAGCCUGAAUGAAGCUGCUGCUGCUGCCGAUCCUGUGAAGUCUGACAGUGACUCUCCCUCCAAUGCUGAAUAUUUGGCUACCAUUGGCAAAAAGGGGGAGUAG